AUGAGUUCGGGACCUUCCUCCAAACCAGACCCUCCCUCUCCUUCGGCCUCGUUCUACGACCUCUCUGACGAUGAAGAAGGAGGAUACAAUACCAUAACACAUGCAUCCACCACCAAAGGAGUCAAACUGCUCUUCUCCAAGAGCAAGGUUUACGUUCAUCCUACACCCUCAGCCAAAGACAAUAUCCCUGGCUUCAUUGCCCUUGUCCAACAGAAACCCUCUCCUCUCUCGUCCGAUGAACGGCCCACGUCCUCUGACUCGACCAACACGAAGGCAAAUGCGUCUUCUUAUCUCCUUGCCUGGGUGCCAGAGUCGUCUCUUACCCAGGAUGACCUGAGCACCUACGUCAAGGUGGACAUGAAGGACAGCGAGUCUCCUCCCAAGCAAACCUAUCUGGUUCCCCCUCUACCCCUCGCCACCACAUUUGAUGAAUCGACCGUCGGACCAUACGCCUUCUCCUUUCCUCUCUCCAGCAUCUAUUCUAUUCACGUGAGACCACCAAGUUUAGGCUGGUGGUAUGGCAGCAUCGUCGUCAAUACUCGGACCGGUGCCAGUUUACCUGCCUUGUUCUUCCACGAUUCCGAAUGCGAGAGUACCAUCUUACAAAAGAAGAAGAGGGCCCGAGAAUCCUUUGAUCCGUUUGAUGAAACUGGUGAUUUGUUCUGGGGCGGAGACGAGGUUCUUCGGUGGCUGAAGAGAUAUGUCACGGUGGAACGGAGUACAGCCGAACCAUCCAUUUAUCUCAUAAAUCCUUCCGAAGAGGAUCGCCUUGGCUUCGGGCAAGGCCGGAAAUCAAUGGAAGGCCGAGAGAGACGCAAGAGCAUAGCUUCAGAUGCCAAAAAGCCAGGCCAAAAGAAACCACCUGGACCCGGGAUGGAUCCACUUACGAAGGCGCUGAAAGAGACCAGAUGGAGGAUUUUAGAACAGUUGUCCAAGGUCACCACGUUUACUCGGCGUACCGCCGAAGAUCUUGCUAACAACAAGAGUAUUCCUCCUCAAGUCCGACGACUGAUACAAAAUCCAGAAGUACAAACCCUCCAGGAUGAGUUCGACAGUGCCAAAUUGUACCUCGCUCGGUGGGCGAUGAGCAUCGCAGAGCAGGGAGAACGCGAAAGGAGACAAAGAAUCUGGACCGCCAAAGAUGUCCUAGAAUCCGAGGAAACCAGUGUCGGUGACUUUGAAAUCCUUGACAUGGAAGCUGGUCGGAUGACCAUGAGUGAUAGCAAGCGAAGACCAGUCGACAUGAAGGAGUGGAAGUCCUAUUUUGACUCAAUAGGUAAGCUUCAGGUUACAGUGGAUGAGGUCAAGGAACGGAUUUUCCAUGGCGGUCUAGAUCCGGAAGACGGCGUGAGAAAAGAAGCCUGGCCGUUUCUUCUCGGAGUCUAUGAGUGGGACAGCACGGAAGAAGAACGUCAUUCCUUCAUGAACAGUAAGAGAGACGAGUACAUUCAGCUGAAGGGCGCCUGGUGGGAUAAGAUGAUAGAGGGAGAGGCUUCUCCAGAACAAGAGGAAUGGUGGAAAGAGCAAAAAGUUCGAAUCGAGAAGGAUGUUCAUCGCACCGAUCGACAUAUCCCCUUGUUUGCUGGCGAAGACAUCCCCAACCCGGACCCGGCCUCGCCCUUUUAUAGUCCGAACGGACCUGGAACAAACGUCCACAUGGAACAGCUUAAGGACAUGCUGCUCACCUAUCUAGAAUACGACACACCUCCCUCUUCUACGCCUCGCUAUCAAACCCGCAAUCUUCACCCCCAAAAUCUCGGCUAUGUCCAAGGGAUGUCCGACCUCCUCUCGCCCUUGUACGCGGUUUUUCAAGACGACGCCGUCGCCUUCUGGGCCUUCGUCGCCUUCAUGCGGCGCAUGUCGCGGAACUUCGUCCGCUCGCAAUCUGGAAUGCGUGCCCAACUCAACACAUUGGACCAACUGGUGCAAAUCCUUGACCCGAAACUCUACCUACAUUUACAAUCCGCCGACUCGACGAAUUUCUUCUUCUUUUUCCGCAUGCUGCUUGUCUGGUACAAGCGUGAGUUUGAAUGGAGCGACACGCUCCGACUCUGGGAGUCCCUGUGGACAGAUUACUACAGUUCGCAAUUCCACCUGUUCAUCGCGAUGGCGAUACUCGAAAAACACCGUGACGUGAUCAUGGACCACCUGAAACAUUUCGACGAGAUUCUCAAGUACAUUAACGAAUUGUCGGGUACGAUUGAGCUGCAGGAGAUCCUGUUCCGGGCAGAAGGGCUAUUUAGACGGUUCGAGAAGACAGUCGAGGCUGUCGAUCGGAGGAAUAGCUUCCCAGCCCCCAAUGCUGGGGCCGAGUUGAGGCAGAGGAAAGCCGGCAGCGAAGCUAGUGCUGGCACGGACUCGCAAGAUCAGAUGACGGCGCCGACAGCCACAGGGUCGUCUUCCAACAGACCUUGUCAGCCACAACCUGAUCCAAAACGGGCCAAGUCGCCACAGAAGGGCAAAGAGCCCGAAGUUCAAGUCAUUACUCCAGAGCUCCGCCUGCUUCUCAGUAAGAAAAUCAUCACGCUGGAAGGUGAGGGUGAGGAUGCCACCAAGGCCAAGAAUUGA